AUGAGCAGGAAUACCAAUAGGCUUAGUUGUCUGUCUUGUUAUAAACGCCGCCGUAAAUGUACAAAAAGUAGUGGCUCAGACUAUGCUAACUGUGUAAACAAGCAAACCCUAAACGAUACUAGACAGGCUGACCAAGAUGGAAGUGCUAAGGAGACUUUAUCUCUAUCAACUAUUAGUCACACUCCGGGUGCUGGGGACGGGGGUUCAGCUAGUUUAGGCGACUGGUCUACGGUUCACCAACUUGAUGGAAUUGAUGCUUCAAAAGUGAAUUUAUUAUGUGAGGGCAGCAGCAACAACACGUCAUCCGUAUUAGGCGUUCUCAACAGAGUAGAGUUCUGUGAUCGUUUAGAAAGCAUAGUUCUUCGGCUUGAAAGGAUAGCACAAACAAUAAUACCAGAAAAAACUCCUGGACUGGUUGCUUUUGAACUGAUUAUUGCUAAUAGCCUUAAAAAUUAUGUCGCAUGUAGUAGAAAGUUGGGAGGAAACAUACAAUCUCAGUCAUUAUGUGUCCAAAACGCUUUCGGCUUCGUCAGGGAUCUCAUUGAACUAUCCAACAUUUAUAGCAAACCAACUGAAGUGGAUAUGGAUGUUCACUUAAAGCCUCUUCAUUUUAAGAUGAUUGAAAUAGCAAACUUCAGGGUUGGAGCUAUGUCCGUACGGAAGUGUCAGCUAUCAACCAUUGCAGAUUCUGUCCUUAUACUGAAUUGGGUUGGGUGUUCUUCAGCAUCGCAGUACGUUAAAGAAUUGAAGGACUCAACAUGGUUGAACGCUAACAAAGUCUUUCAGUAUUGCCGUGAGAGCCUUCCUGAACAUGUUGAGUGGUUACGCUCAUGGCUUUCUUGUCUGGAUGAAUUGUGCGUAGUUGUUGGAGAGCAUUUUCCAUACGGUCUAAAAUGGAAUAAAAAUGGUCCCAAACUACCCUUACCAACUGUUGAAAUACGCCCAAUUCAGUCUUUGCAAGAGGGUCGUACCAAUACACAUGAAAGAACUUCAAAAAAGGAAUGUUUGUCUACUAUUGCUUUUCCUUCCAGUCAGUCAAGUCUAUCGGAAAGAUGUGUUGUGUACGAUACCAAGUCUAGGAUAUUUCCCUUUUAUCACUUUUUGCAAAUGAGAAACCUUCCUGAACAUGUUGAGUGGUUACGCUCAUGGCUUUCUUGUCUGGAUGAAUUGUGCGUAGUUGUUGGAGAGCAUUUUCCAUACGGUCUAAAAUGGAAUAAAAAUGGUCCCAAACUACCCUUACCAACUGUUGAAAUACGCCCAAUUCAGUCUUUGCAAGAGGGUCGUACCAAUACACAUGAAAGAACUUCAAAAAAGCCUUUUCAUCCCAAAUUAUCAGUACAAUCACAACCGGAUCCAGUUGAUGUCACUAAGUUGUUUGCUGAAUUAGCAAGUGCUCAUAAAAAUUUACGCCAUAUCAGUUCAGUUGGUCCAAGUGUGAUAGUUACAGUCACACAUCAUUUGACUUCGCAACCUACAAACUGUGCCUUAUUUCAGGGGGAAAAAGUUUCGUCUUAUGACUGA